ACGGUGAAUGCCAACGUCGAGAAGACCAUCUUCCUCGGCCCCCGCCCUGUGACUCUCCCCAAUGUGCCUCCCAGCCUAGACGACCUGCGUCUGCACACUCUGUCUCCUCUGCAGCCCAUCCUGGCCACGCAGCUCUCCGUGCACUUCCCCUCUGAACACGCACCCCGCGGCCUGGAGUCUUGGUACCUUCUCCGAGGCCUGGAAGACGGGCGCAGAUACGAAGUCCGCAUCUGCUGGCCUGCGACUCAACCUACCGACUUCUGGCUGGACACUUACCCAAUCACCCACGUCUUUGAUACACCAGAGCUUCUGGUCUCUCUCGCCCAGUACAGUGAACAGCGCCAACACCUCAGUCUGGACGAUCAACAGCUUGAAAAAGAUAGCGUACCAGAAAUCACCCAGUCUGUGUUGCUGUUGCGCGUCCAGGCAGCAGCAUCGUACUACACGACAAACCGCACGUUGAUGGACCAUCCCCUUCCAGUCGAUGCAGACAUCAUCCUCGACCCAUUCAUGCUCAACAUCCUCCCGCGCUCUCUAGGUCCAGUCGCUGCAUACAUCACCGCAGUAGCCAUAGGAUCCUGGUUCAUCUCGGGCUACAUCUACCGCUGGCUCCUUCUCACUAUCAACGCACCACCCCAAAAGCCGCACACAGAUUGA